AUGAACAAAUUCUUGGCAGUUAUUUGCUUUGUGACUUUGGCAGCUGCUGUGACAGCUACAGAUUAUUGCAACAAAAAAAUUUGUAAUGGCAAUGGCGCUACCCAUAUUGGCUGUAAUAAUAAUGGGAAAUUCUCUUCUGCUUGUCCUGAAGAUGCCGAAAGGAGAGAUAUAACUGAGUCUUUAAAGAAAUUCAUUGUCGAGGCCCACAAUGAGAAGCGUAAUAUUAUUGCUGGUGGUGGAGAUAAAUCCCUUAAACCAGCUUGCCGCAUGGCCACUAUGGAGUGGGAUGAUGAAUUGGCCUCUUUGGCAGAACUCAAUGUUUUGCAAUGCAAAAUGAACCAUGAUAAUUGUCACAAUACCAAUGGCUUUAAAUAUUCUGGACAAAAUCUGGGUACAAUUGGUUUCACAGGUGAUGUCAAUGAUACUGCCAGAAUUCAAAAAUCUAUUGAAUUAUGGUAUGAGGAGAAAAAGGAUGUCUCGCAGUCUAUUAUAGAUAAAUAUCCCAAGGGUUAUAAAGGACCAGCCAUUGGCCAUUUCACUGUUAUGAUGGCUGAUCGUAAUAUACGUUUGGGUUGUGCUGCUUCCACAUACUCCGUUUCUGGCAAAGAUUAUAAAAAUUAUUUGUUUGCUUGCAAUUAUGCCGCCACCAAUAUGAUUGGUUUUGCCAUCUAUAAAAGCUGCGCUAAGCCUGCCUCUGAUUGUAAAUCUGGCACUAAUUCAUCGUAUAAGAAUUUGUGCUCCACUUCGGAGUCAUAUAAUGUUAAUAAAUAUCCUUAG